AAUGACAGUGUAAUGUGAAAGGGUUGCAGUCACAGAUAAUUAACAGCCACAGCUAAAGAGCUUUUUAGCCUCCUUUAGCUUGUUGUUUUGGAUUUACAUUUAAUGUAUGGUUAAGUCUGAGCUGCAUCAACUCUGUAGGAGUUUGGUGGAGAGCACAACAGAGCUAAAAGCAGCAUGAAUAUUGGAUUCACCUUUUUCCAGAUGUGAUAUGCAGGCAGGCGAUUGUUUGAAAAAUGUUAGCUAACUGUUAAGAAGUGUAUCAUGGAAGGUUUCAGGGGUCCAACACAGAUCCAUGGAAAACCUAGCUGAUGGGAUCUGAAAGGGACUUGAGGACAGUUAGACCCCACCACCAGGUGAUAAUUAAACUUAUCCCAGAGUCACCAACAAAGACAGCAGUACAAUGCUCUACCUAUUAACAAGUAGUUGUGGAUGAAAACAUCUCACUUUUCCCUUUACAUUGUUUGUCUUGCAUUAAAUAACAUAUUUCUCUCCUGAUGAUUUUACACAACGCGUGAUCUAACUGGGUCGCAGCUGACGGCAGAGCUCUCACCCAGUUACACUGAAUAUAGGUUGAACCUGGCCUGAUUUAGAUCCUCGGUCGGGUCCCAGAUUCUCGGAACCAAGUUGCUAGUGAGGAACCGAUGAUAUGGCGGUAGCGGCGUAUCCAUCAGCUUGAUUCGGUAGUGUUGUGCCCCCCCUAGUGGCCAAAUACUCAUUAAUGCAGCUUUAAAUUUAGCAAGUUAGACACAUAAACUGACAGCACGCAGUUUAGAGCAAACUAGAGCAUUCUAUUUUGUCCUUAAUGAAUUUCCAUAGUUUGAUGAGCUUGACGUCAGCAGGACUCUUGUUAUGUCGUUUGAACAAAACCCCUAAUAUUUGACUUUAUAGUCCCUAAACGCAGCCCUGACAACGCUCGGACAGCACCGACAGCCUUUAAACAGGUCCUGAAAAUCAUUCACAGAGCGCGGGAAUCAGCGAAAGAACAGAAGAUCUUAAUGAAAAGAAGGAAAGUCACAGCCUUUUUUGUUACGACGCUCAAUCUGCUUUCGCCCCAGCUUCGCGGGUUGAACCAUAAUGGUGAGCAGCAGGGGUAUCGUAGCCGUAAAUGCGCAAAGGAUGGUCACCACCUAAGGUUUACAUGGACCAUAAGGGGCAAUAUUUAUUUGUUGAAAUGUACUAUAUGUAGAUUUAAUAUUUUGAGGGUGUGAUUAAUAUAUGCAACGUAGUCGCUUAUAUAUAUAUAUAUACAUAUAAAAAUGCAUUCACACUUCCCUCCUAUGUAGACGACAAUGGUCUGUCCAGGAAGCAUGUUCCACUGUUUGGGAAAAUACAAUAAACAAACUGUUUUUCCAGUCAACUUGAAGGAGUGUUUCCUCUUUCGCUUCAGUUUGUUGCGACUGUGAAAAACAAAUAUAACACCGUCUGUUGAAUAGCCACGUUUUUGUGUGUGUGUGUGUGUGUGUGUGUGUGUUGUCGUUUGAACCUACAGGACCACAGAGUCGCUGUAUGUACCCGGAGGAGGACGUUUAGCUUAGACAGAUUUUUUUUUUUGCAAAUUGCAUUGACUACAGCUGAAUCGCUCUGAGAAACCAUGUCUGAUUUAAUCCUGGUGCUCCUUAUAGUCGUGCUCCUGGUGUGUUUGAUUGUGACAGUGGGGGGUUUCCUGCUCUACUCGGGGCUCUUGUCAGACGUGAUUAUAAAGACUGGGCCACCUCCAAUCAGGAAUGUUACCAUUGCUUAUAAGUUCAAGGAGGGAUCGUACAAGGACUGCGGUGCAGCCUACUCUGAGAGCUGCAGCAUUGGGCCAAAGCUGAGCUCCAUCGGUGUCUUCUACGAUGACCCCAAACAGAGGCCAUCAGAGAAAUGUCGCUAUGUGGUGGGCAGUGUCCUGUGUGAGGGUGAAGAGAAGCCAGAUGAAGAACUGCAAAAGCUGUACGAGAAGUUUGGCUUCAAGGUGUUUUCUCUGCCAGAAGUGAGCCAUGCUGUGACCACCAGCUUCCCCUGCACUACACCUCUGUCCCACGUGCUGGGACCUUACAGGGUCUACCCGAGGCUCGCUUCUUAUAUUGAGGAGAGGAAGCUGUGCGCAUUCCCAACUAUCGAGAUCUGUGGUUCAGACGUCAUUAACUAUAUGGUCCCACUGUCCCGUCAGACAGACUUCUUUGUUCCAGAGAUGAAGGAGGAGGUCAAAACAGAUGUGAAAGAAGAGGACUCUGACGAGGACAGAGGAACUGACAUUACAGGUGCAGAUUCCCACAGUGACGUGAGCUCAGUGAGCGGCAGCAUGCCCUGGGACAGCAGAGAGACAUCCCUGGCCGCCUCCACAGCUGCCUCCCUGGCCUCAUCCCUGCCUCUGAGGGAUGUAAUGGAUGCAAACGAAGACAUUAAGCACAGGGACCACAGCGACAGAGACUCAAAUGAGUCUUUGGGCAGCGGCUCGUCCUUUGAAGAACUUGACAUGGAUCAGGAGGAGCAGGGGGAGGGACAAGAGAGGGAGGAGAAGGAAGAGGGAGAAGCAACGGAGCUCCCUGAGGGUGAAGAUGGAGCUAGAGAAGCAGUUGAACUGGAGGCUGAAAAGAAGGAGUCCUUGGGGGAUGGAGAGGAGUAGGGAGGAUGCUGAAGAGAUAAGGGAUGAGGCCCUUAGUUUCUCAGUUGUUGCUAUUGCUGGUUAUCUGUCAUGUAAUCUCAUUGGUGGAUCUAAAGCUGUACAUGCCGUGACCAACAUGCCAUAUUUCCGCGCCUUUUUAAUUCUCUUAUUGAAGCUUGUACUUUUUGUUAUACUGUAAUCUAAUUUUUUAAAAAUAAUUCCUGAUCUUAUAUUUAAACUGUCAGGAUAGAACAACAGACAACCCCAUGGGGUUAAGUAUUCUUAAGUAAACCUAAUUUUCUGUGCACAUGGUGUGCAGCAAAUGAGAGUUAACAUUUGUUUAAUUCUAUAUUUCAUUUCAAACUGUCAUCUUUUGAACUUGAGUUGCCAGCAUUCAGAUUAGAAGCGGCACUUCAGUUAAAGAUCCAAAUCAAAGGAAAGACACUGGAUCAUCACACAGUAUCUUUUUACCCAUGUGUGACAGUUGAUAUUGUACUUCACUUUCAAGUUCAUGUCCUGAGGAAAUGUAUCUCACGUAUUUGUGUGCGUUACCUGACUUUGGUGUCUUUAUAUAUACUAAUGAUUGGGGUGAAAAUGUGUGGGAGCUAAUGCUUUAGAAAUCGUGACGGAACUAUUUCAUUGUGUUGUUUUCUUUCUUUUUUUGGGGGGGGGGGAUUUGGAAAAUAUCUAUCACACAGGAAACUCUGAAGUCUGGAGCAGAGAAAAAACUUUUGUCAACACCAGUAAAAUUACAUUACCGAAGCCUCCAGAAGCCUCCAAGUCACCAGGACUAGGGUAUAUAACAGAAUUUAAAAAUGAAAGGGUUUUUCCCGUGGAUAAUGUACAGAACAUUUAUUGUCACUCUGUACUCAGAUAAUUGCUGUAGUUUUUUUAUCGUAAUGUUCUCCUCUAUAGUUGGUUUGUUAAACAACUCUACAGUUCUGUUUGUAGCCAAAAUUCACUCACUUCCAGAGACUAGUUGUGUUAUGUUUGUGGGAUGAAACUGUUGGCACCUUGAGCCAUUGGAAAUAAUGUACAGCACAUUGCCAUGGUUGUGUCUUUCUGUCUGUAAUAAAAUUUUAAAAAGAAAAGUUGGGUUGCGGGAAUCAGUUGUGCAUAGAUGUUUCUGCACAGUAAAUUGGAUCACCCUUAUUCUGCAAAGAUGUCUGUUAAAAACAGAUUUUAAUUUUAAGUUUUCUAACACAAAACUACAUCAUUACUACAAUGAACUGAGGACCAUUCUUAUCCAUUUUUAUUUGUCUCCAUCCCAACCGAGACAGAGAGACGUAACAAACUGUGGGUGGCAGUGGGACGCAUUGUUGUACAGAAGUUAUUGAUGAGGCAGUAAGCGCCUAACAACUUAUUAAGCUCUCUCUUAAAUGCUAACUACUUUCAUGGUUUCACAUUCUAAUGAGUGCCAGUGCCAGCGCUUCUUUGGGAAAGGCACAGACAUGGAAUUUUA